AUGUCCACGCUCCUCCCACAAUGCCUCUCUGGCCGAGCUGUGACUCCCCAGCGCUUGGGUGGCGGUAGCUCGUUGCUAUAUAAGGGUGCUGCCGCGGCGGUUUCGCGAUUGGGCUUCUGCGUGCGGGGCGACAGCUACAGCUGCUGCUGCAGGAGCAGGAGCGGGAGCGGGAGCGGGAGCGGGAGUAGUGGGGUGCGGGGGAUGUGGACACGGGUGAAACCGAGGGCGAGUGAUCAAGCUCAUACUCGUGGUCGUCGUUCUGGCUAUGGAUAUGGACAUGCGCUUCAGAAAAGGCGGGGUUUGUGUUCUGAGGCGCGGAUGAAUACGGGGGUGGAUGCUAGGAGUGCUUCUUUGUUUAUACGGGAUCCGGCGCGGGUGCUGCCAUCGGAUAUCAUAUCGAAAUUACCGACCCUUCCGUGCAAUGGCGACAUUUCCUGCACGAUCCCCGUCUUGCUCGUGACGCCCGCGUUCGCUUCUUGGAUAGUUCAACCCCACUCGUUUCUAUGUGAGUCGAUUACGCACAUUUUCCAGAAUACGCCGCACGCGACGUCCAGUGGGGAGGAGGUCAGCUUCGUCUAUUCCGUGGCAGCGGUUGUGGAUAAACUGCCCCUUCCCAGCACAACAUCAAUUCCACCGGAAGGGGAAGGAGGCCGGGAUGAACUAGCCGGGUGCGAAGGGGUAUCUCUCUUCCUCGCGAACAGCGAUGCUCUAGCCGCUAAGGUGGCCCACUCGCUACAAAGACGAGACAUGUCUACUCCUGAAACGGAGCCUACGAUAUCCUACCUGUAUCGCCAACUACCUGCGAAACAUGCUUCCACGGCGGCAACCACCUUCGCCGAAGUUGGUGUUCGACUGGCCAACACCCUCUUCCUCAAUGGCAAACCACGCACCAUGCUUGCUUCGCGCUGGCGCUACAGCUCGCAUCCCUCCCCAAACCCUACCUCAACUACCCUAACGCUAGACAAGGAAUACAACCUCCUUAACUGCCGGAUCGAAAGUGCAACGGAACCUCACACUGUCACUGCACGGUUGCCCCUCUACCCAGUUACGAGGCCUCGGGAGAUAGUCACGAGCAUGGGGAAUAUCAUCAGCCAGCUCCGCCGCUGCAAGGACGACAGAUCCAACUCGACGACGAUCCACGCGUCGGCCGAGCUGGAGGAAGCGCUGCCAGCCUACCUCAAAGCAAACAACUUGCAGAACCAGCGAGUGGCCGUCUGGGCUUCAGUGCGGCCGGCUGCAUCGCAGGCCGAACUUCUCGUUGCUUCAGGCACGUCUGUGUCUGCAGAUGGAGAUGUCAAUCCCAACAGCAGCACCGGUGGGGCCAGUGCUGGAUCUACUGUCGAUCCGCUCGCCGCCAUCAACGGCGGCACCAGACUCCACCGUGUCGUGAGCGGCGGAGGCGGGUGGGGUAAGAAGCAAGGGCUUCUAUCUCUGGACCCUGAAUACAGCUAUCAGACCGGCGGAGGCGCGGCCGCCGCGGGCUUUGGGUGCGGUCGUCCCGUCCCCGAACUCUUCUUCGAAGAGAUGGGUUCGGGCUCUUGUCCCGCGGCAAGGCGGGGUGGCGCGGAUGCGGGAGGUGAGCUGAUGGCGUACGCGUCCGAUGAGGCCGGUCUGGGGUCGGUACGGUUCAAGGAUGGGCGCCUCAUGACUGAUCUGUCGGAGAUCGCGAAGGAGGGGAAUGUGGUGCAGUUUCUGGUUGCCCCGUUGGAUAGCCCGCGGGCGUCGGCGAUAGUGGCAGAGAGGGAUGAACCCGACGCUUUUGAUGCCGGCCGUCGGGAAAAACAAACAUCGCAAGUUUCGUUUGGGGUCAUUCCUUCUUCUGAUGCGAGUUGGCCGGAGGUCGGGGGGGAGGGAACACCUGAUACUGGUAAGGACUUUGGUUCGGUUUUUCCAGGCCACGGCGACGGUGUAGUCCUGGUGGUGCCAAGCCAUUUUGGAGCACUGUCAGAGAAGGGCCUAACCUAUUCUGUAUUUGAUGCGGUAGUUUCUGACGGGGGACGCCGAUGCCCUGGGCCACUGGUGCAGGGGACUAAAAUCGAUGUUCCCGGCUCGAGAAUCAUAGUUGGCCCCAGCCAAACGAACAUUGAAGCCUCACAGCUCCAAACGUCAAACCAAACCUCCCACAAGCCCACGAAGAAACCCAUCACCCCAAGCCCUGCUGCGAGACUCCCAUUGCUAUCCGGAUCCCUUCAUAUAUACCUAUACCCGGGAGAACUCAUUCCGCCAAACUCACAGUCACUCUCCCAAAAUGUCUUCAGAUCUUUGGUCCACUUCAUCGAUGCAUACUGCACACCCAAGGGUGUUGGGUUUGAGAUGCCUCAGCAAUUAAGUCCCGUUUACGCGCCGUUUUUCGGUGUUAUGGGCUGCGCUUGCGCCAUCGUCUUCACAUGCCUUGGUGCUGCCUAUGGAACUGCCAAAUCAGGUGUUGGUGUCUGCGCGACCUCCGUCCUGCGACCUGACCUGAUGGUCAAAAAUAUCGUCCCCAUUGUCAUGGCUGGUAUCAUUGCUAUUUACGGAUUGGUCGUGGCAGUGCUUAUUGCCAAUGAUCUAAAACCCAAGAUCUCGCUUUUUACUGGAUUCAUUCAACUGGGUGCUGGAUUGUCCGUUGGGCUGUCCGGUUUGGCUGCUGGUUUUGCCAUUGGAAUUGUUGGAGAUGCGGGUAUCAGAGGAACAGCUCAACAAAGCAGACUUUUCGUCGCGAUGAUCUUGAUUCUCAUUUUCGCUGAAGUGUUGGGUCUGUACGGCCUUAUCGUGGCUCUCCUGAUGAACUCACACUCCAAGCUUGAUGCCGGGUGUUAAACGUUUGAACAUUCCCAUCCCCUCCGAACGGUGCAAAAUAUUCCUGGGGAAUUGGACCUCUUUACCAAACCCAACCAGCGUUAUAUUAAGCCCAGAUCAACCCGGGGUUAUCGUAUCUGAUCGGAAACAUCAUGACCUCCAAAAUUUGGAUAAAGAUAUUUAUUGCGAACCACAUUGAAUCUUGACAAAUCAAUCACCUUCAAAGGAGGAAAUACAGAAUAAAGUACAGUAAAAACACGCUAAUUUUAUCUACUCCACCCCUCCUCUUUCAAUCUUUGCAUCACCACAUGUUUACGUCGGCUGUUCCCUCUCCCUGGUACAUUUCUUCCAGUUUUCUGCUCCCUACUUUUAUGAUCCUUUCAUUCUUUUCAUUUGCUUUUGUAUUUCUCCUGUUCCCCUGAAUCUGCGGAUGCUAGCUUAGUUUUUUUGCCUCAAAUUUAUGGAAUAUAUAUCUAUCGUUGAUCUGGAUGGCUAGUCGGGUUUGUGAAAGGGGGCUCGGAAUGUGAAAACUGAAACGUGUAAUUAUAUAUAUCUUACAUAUCUUCUUCCUUCUUUCUUUCUUUCUUUCUUCUCCUCUUCGUCAGAUGAAUACAUGGGAGAGGGGAGAGAAGAGUGUCGAUCAAGGAGAAUGGGAAGGGAUGAAUCAUCGGAUGCCUUAGUUUUAUAUUUUUGAGGUAUGGGUAUAAGUAUCCCCCUUUUUAAUUCCUAUUUUUAUUUUU